AUGAGGCCAAAGAUGGGGGCACUGAUGCAUGCGUGUGUGUCCGGUGGUGUGUUCCAGUGUCCUGCUGGUUUCAUUGUGCGCUCCUGCAGCUGUGACCUUCUGGGGAUCAUCAAGGAAUUUGGCCUCCUGUUUGAGAUUCUAGAAAGGGAGUAUUCCUUAUCUCACCAGGCAGGAGAUGAGACCGGACUGGACCAGACCCAGACCAGACUCGAGAGACUGGAAAGGAGCCAGCUGAAGUCGGGGUGA